AUGAGGUAUAAAUUUUUAAAGCCAAGCAACAGAGUCAUACCUUUCAAUAGCCAUCAAAUCUAGUAAUUGUCAAUUAUAUCUCUACUUGCUAUUUUUGUCUCAAUAGCAUUUCUUAUUACUUCUCAAAACAAAAAGUUAGUAUAUAAUCCUAAUGAUUAUAUAAUAUUAAGGAAAUUAGAGAGAAACUUUGAAUCUUCAAGGCAUACUCAAGUAUUUAAAGGUUUUAUUUAUUAAGGGAUUACAUUUUAUUAAUUCUACUCAUCUUGUUGAAUCAUGUGGAUAAUAUUAGAAUUCAGAAAUCCAUUAUAUAAAUUUGAAUUAAUUGACAACAAUAUCCUAAAGAGUGAUACUGGAUGAUUUAUAUCAAGGUCAGGGAGUUGAUGUAAUUGAUGGAUAGGUGUAUCAAUUAACUUGGAAAGAACGUAUGAUGUAGUAUAAUUAUUAUUAUCAGAUUCUUGAGAGAUGUAGAAACACUUGAAGUAUUGGAAAAUAGAAAGUUAAAUAUAGAUGUGUAAGAGAGUUUAGGGAUUUCACAUUCUUAUAAAGAGAAUAAUACAUUAGAAAUCUAUAUAACAAAUGGAACUGAUAAAGUGUUGAUUCUUGAUUCAGAAUUAGUUCUGAAAUAAAUAAUUUAAGUGCGAUUUUACAAUGGUUCUUCAGUAGGUAGAUUGAGUGAGAUAGAAUAUGUAAAUGGAAUUUUAUAUGCAAGUACAAAUUUGAAUCCAAUCAUUUUGGCAAUUGAUCUAACAGAAGGCUAUGUGUAAUUAUGAUAUCAGUAAAUAUAGGAAAAAUUAUUAUGAUUUUUCUUAACUAAUAGAUUUUUCAUUUGAUAAAGAUUUAAGCAAUUGUAUUUGUGGGAUCGCGUAUAAGCCUGAAUAAGAUAUGUAAAUUUAAGUAAAAUUAAUAAUAGAUUUUGGAUAACUGGAAAGGAUUGGCCAUUUUUUUGGGAAGUCGAAUUAAAUUGAU